UAUAAUGAAAGUGGGUGAUAUUCCUAAUGAAGUCUAUAAUAGAAGAAACCAAGUGCAUCGUUUAGUGGAAAUGGAAGAAAUGAAUCUUAAGGACAAUGAAAAUAUUAAUUAACCAUUAGUAAAUGAAGAGAGUUUAAAACAACCUCUAAAAUAACCACAAUAAGAACCUGUUGGUUGUUUGGCAAGGAUAUUCGGAAUGUCUAAAUCCAAACCAUAACAAAAAGAAGAAGAAUACAAACCAACUGAAUUGAAGGAUCAUUAUGAUCUAUAUGAUGAAGAUUGGUUUACUGACUAAAAGAACAUUAUCUUAUAAUCAUAAGAAACAGCUACUCCUGAUGGAAAACAAGAAAUAAUUCAUAUCAUUUGUCCAGAUGAUACAAUAGAAGGAUUGGAAUUAUAAUAUGGAGUGCCUGCAUGUAGAAUACGGACUUAUAAUAACUUAUAAACAAAUGAUAUUUUUUAUCUGAAGAAGUUGAUCAUCCCUAAUCCAACAAGUGACUAUAAAAAAUAAGAUGUGUAAAUAUUAAUAUUGAAUUAGUGAUAUAGAAAAGUAUAUGUAAGAAUUGAAAAUCGGACUUUUCUUAGAUUAAGUGUGCUAACCAGAAGAUAAGAGUCGCAAAGUUGCAGUGUAUCUAAUAUUAUCACAUUAGAUUUUACUUGGAUAUGAAUAAUUGGAAUUACCAAAAGGCGGCUCUAGAGUAUAUAGAGGAUUACAAAUUCGAAUUGCUAUAAAAAUAAGCCAAGAAAACAUCUACUCCUAAAGGUUAAUAGUGAUUGAAUUUUAAG